CCCAGAUCAGCGCAGCAUCCAUCCUCAACCAUCUCAACCGCCUGCUAUCGGCGGACCCCGCUUGCUACAAAUGCCCUCGUUCGCUCGCUACUUCCUCUCCCGUGUCUCUUCUACCUCUUCAACAUCUUCCCUUUUCCUCCCCUCCGCGCAGCCAGCCUGCCUCAGAGCAAUUGUAACUGCAGGUUCUAGAAACUGUCAUCCGAAUUUGAGUUCCGUAGCUUCUGGGUUUCAACGCUGUAGUCUUAGCGCUUGCUAGAUAGGAGAGCAUGCUUCCAGGUUGAGUAUUAGAUUUAUUUAUUUAUUUUUCUGGAUUUGGAAUCGUUUGAAAGGUUAUUGGAAUUAGGGCCAUGGAGAAUGUCGACGUGCUGGUGAGGGGAGUGGUGAUGCAGAAUCCCGGCCUUGGGCUUGGGUUUGGGUCGAUCAAUUUCCGAGGACAGGAGUUUCUAUGGGUUGCGGUGGUUGCGACGCUUGUGUUGGCCAUGCUGUCGAUGUUGAGAGUGAGCGUGGUGAGUGUGGGUUGGACGUGGGGAUCGAAACCAGGCCAUGUUUGCGUCCGCGUGCAAUCUUUCUCCUCUCUGUCGGACAUCAGGAUAUUUGACGAGGAAAUUCUGAGUCGUACGUCUGAUUCCUGCAGCAAAGACGCGUCGAGCUCCUCCGACGAGCAGUCGAAAACUGCUGAGAUGGUUUUCAUUUUUGGAAAGACGUCACCUCUAAUCCACCACCCGCGACCACAGCCUUCAACUGUACGCAUUGCCCCGGAGAUGACAAUUAGAUCGCGACGCACGUCAUCGCAGGACUUUGAGAAAAGCCGAGUCUAUCACCUUGCCCUUCUCUCUAAUUCGCAACCCAAUGAUGCUGAGACCUCAGAGUCGUCACGGCGCGAGGGUAUCAGGAGAGACGCAUUUCCCACGGUUUAUGGAGUCGAUUCGCUCUUGCCCGUUUGGAUGCAACCUAUUUCUAGGCCAUUAGUCUGCACAGAUACUCCAUCUCCGACAACUGCUGUAAAGAACACAGUCUUUUCUCACGAAUGGGAUCCUCUCUGGAAACUCAGAGUCCGUGAUGCUGUCGUGCGCGGCGCGAAGAAAUCUUCAUCAGUCAGCGAGUUCUGGUCGUCACCUUUAACCCCAGUCUCAACGAAAGGCUCUAGCCUUGUUACCCUCAGGGACGACGUUGUUAGGAUAUGGGACAGUGAGACCAAAUGUUUGGUGAAAAGCUUGCAUUUGUCAAAGGGUUGCGGUGGCGCGAACAUGGUGACGGGUUUUGAUGCCGAUUUGGUGUCCAAAGUCGCGGCCGUGAGCAGGAAAAAUGGAACGUUUAGCAUUGUAAAUCUGGAGGUUUCAACGGAAGAGAAAUGUUGCGAAACAAAUCAAUCCGUGCAAGCGAUUCACUUAGACAGGGGAACUUUACCGAAGACUAUUUUCACAGGAGGGCCUGCCGUUGCCACUCCAGGUUACUCUGUCUCGCUUUGGGAUAGUCGGUCCAGCAGCAGACAACUCUCAAUGAAUUUGAACCUUGCAAGCACCGUCUAUGGUAUUCGUUUGCAGGGCCCGGAGCUGUACGUGAACGACGAAGUUGGGUCCCUCUCGGCCUACGACGUGAGGAUGCUCGGAGCGACCAGUCUGAAUCGAGUUGCAUGUGAUCUGAAACAGGAUAUUUCUCCAGAUGACAGAUGGUGGGACAUCGACACCGCUCUCGAAGGCGAGGAAGAGGAUGUUGAUGACGAGUUCUGGGAUUGUCAGACUGCAGACGAUGAUGUGAAGGUCGCGGGCGGGUCGUAUGUGGGCAGCCUCGUCAUGGCGAUGAGUCGCAAUUUCACCACCAAGGUCUCCUCCACAUGAAAGCAUGACAGUCGACAAUUGUAACUAUUUUCCGCUGCCAUACGCGUUCUAUAUGUGUAGUAUGACGGCAGCCGUUCGCUAGCGUAACAAAACACGAGAGGAACCUCGGAGGGCGAGGCUAGCGUGCGGCAGAGAUGAAUAGACAUCUCAUGCUCGUUUUUCCACAGCGUUUUCGCUAGGAGGUUUGCACCUUGCACACUCUGGAGCAGCUUUACCGCACUAUUUCUAUCACUAUUUCAACUUCAGAAAACCCCUAUGCAGUGCAAAAGUGGUAUUAAUGGCGCGCAUCUCAGUUUAAUUUUCGGCGGUAUCAUGCAAACCAUUUCCCCGGCGGGGCCUGAGUGGGCGUAAGUCUGGGCCGACUGGUGAGGGAGGAUGUUUGCAGCUUAGCGUUUAUAGAAAACUCAGCAACAUGAAGAGAUUUCAUGUAAGCCUCUGAGUUUCCAAUUGUACAUAGAAAUAAUAUUGGUUCUUCAAUCAUAAACCAAAUGAUCUGAUUCCCGAAAGCUAAGCUUCCCAGCUCAUGUUUCGGUGCCCAUUUGCAGUACCUGUAUAUGAUUACAUAAAUUUUCCAUUUGCCUCCACUGGGCCUGAUUCAAGCCUA